AUGCAUGAAUUAGCUUGUAAACUGGUAUCGACGAAGAUUUAUUGUUACUCGGGUGGUUACGCUUCCUUGGGAGAUAUUAUUGUGAAACGAGCAUUAAACGAACACCAUUAUAUUGAUCUUCAACAGACCUUGACGCUGGAUGAAACGUCUGCUCGAUGGAUCAGUAUUCCAGACGAUCCCAACUUUAUGAACGAACCUGCUUUAGCGGGUACAGCUACUUCCAUCUCCGACUCUAGCUACAUGGUUGAUGGAGGUUACAAUGAAACUCCCUAUGUCAAAAACAUUUCUCGUUUAUUCGAUACCAAAGCAAACACCUGGUCUUCUAUUUCCAAUGAUGGAAGAAAUCUUUCAAAUAAUGCAAUUUAUAUGGGAACAGCCGUCAAGGUACCUAAUAAAGGAAGAAUAUACUAUUGGGGUGGACUAAGUGGACAAUAUCCAGGCUAUCCAGUCAACACAACCACCGUCUUGUCCAUUACAAGCCCGAUGUUCAAGUGGUCGGUAUGCCCUAGUCAAUUACCCCUUGGUACAUUUACCAGAUUUGGACAUACAGCUACUUUAGACAAUGACGGCGUCAGCAUAUUCUACUUGGGGGGUCGGAUCCGAACAACCGCUACGUUGACAGAUAACUUGAUUCCAUACAAUAUUAUUCCCAUGACAAAGAUUCUUUUGUAUAAUACCGUAGAUGCUACCUGGAUUUCCAAAGAUAGUCCUUCCGCACCCACCAUGUCAAGCCGUUACAUGCAUAGUGCCAACCUUUUGCCUUAUUCUGGAAAGAUUCUAAUAUAUGGAGGUGCGACAGAUGAUGGCAACGAGAAGCAUCCUUCUGCAGUUUCAGACUAUCUUUAUUUGUUUGAUCCAAAAACAUUGGAAUAUACCAGAAUGGAAGAAUAUGAGCAAACGCAGGGUGCAGGACCACGGUUUGGACACUCGGCCAUCUUAUGUAAUGAUACAUUAUUUGUGCUGUUUGGCGUGAAUCAAAAAGGAUUAAUUACAAACGAUGUUUAUUUUUUAAGUUUAUCAGGUUCAGCAACCUGGCUUAAAAGCUACUCGAUGCUGGACACCAAUAAUGGCAGACAGGUGGAAAAAGUGAUGCGAUUUAGUCUUCCCUCUAUUAUCGGGAUUACAAUUGGCUCGGUACUUGUGGUUGGGUUCAUGAUAAUGGCGGCUAUCAUUUACAUGAUGUGCAAGAGCAAGCGACGACAAAAGAAGGAAAAAGAAGAGACAGUGGUGUAUCCGGAAGAAAGAUACUUUGAGUAUCAUCAGGAGGGAGACUCGGCCACAUUACACGAUGAUCCCCAACAGCCUCCGCGUGGAUUUAGUUAUGACCACCUUGUUGUACCCGCUUCGGCAGCUAGUGUGGUACUUUAUAAACCUAAUCAAGUAAAAGAUCAACAACCGCUUACCUUUAUAGAAGGUCAACAACAACAAAGUAGUACUGGCUCAUUUUGUUUACAGUCUACUUCUCCAUCCACCAUCACUCAUUAUCCUCCUCUCGUCAAACCAUCUGUAUAA